UCCUCCCAUUUCAUUGUAUCAAACAUCAUUCGACCAAAGUCAUUAGGACUUACAUCAUUGAUAUUCAAUUCUAACUCCGAAAAGUCUCGACCAUGGCCGUCCACAGGCUUUUAAUUGCUUCCGUCUUAAUCGCUGUUCUUUUUCUUCAACUUGCCGAAGCUGACCAGAUGACGCAGGGAGUUGGAAAUGCAGGAGACAAUUCCAAACUUCCAAAAAUGGACUGCGGCGGAGCGUGCGCCGCCAGGUGUCAGCUGUCGUCGAGGCCUCACCUUUGCCAAAGGGCUUGCGGGACGUGCUGUGCCCGCUGCAACUGCGUCCCUCCGGGCACCUCUGGCAACCUCGACGUCUGUCCGUGCUACGCCACCAUGACCACCCGCGACAACAAGCACAAGUGCCCAUGAGAUGCUUGACGGGCUUCGUCUCCUUUCCGAUGGUCGGACAUCGAUCGCUCAAGCUCGUGCAGUUGCUGCUAAUUAUUAUAGGGACGUUGUUGUUGUACUUUCAUGGAGCUCGUCAAGAAGUGGUUUGCAAAUUGCAAACUCACAAUGUGUUCAGCAUUUUAUAUGUUGUAUCCAUCGUGAAUAAAGAUUUUUCAUGUA